UUUGCAGAAGUUAUCGAAAAAUUUGCCCGUCUCUGAGAGACUAUGUGUUGGUUCUUUGUGGUUAACAAUUUUUCGGAAAAUAAUAUUGGAUUUUAUGUAAAAUAUACAUAAUAGGCGUGAUGACAGUUAGUUUGAAACGAAUGCAUACUCGGUCUUGAUGCGGUAUCAAUUGUGUGGCAAACUGCAACGCGUAUUAUUUGUGGAAAAUGUGUAGAAAAGAAACGAACAAUUGCAUAUACAGCACAGCACACAGUCUUCUGUAUGUACGUGCUGUGUACUGCUGCUAACGACGCUGCGCUGUCGUUACUGAGUACACAACAUGUAGGGACGACACUAUGUCGAUGGCCAGGCAAUCGCAAUUAGAAAAGUGUAAGCGAGAUGACUAUUGCUGCGCCGCUGCUCUGCUGCUGCUACUGCUGCUGCCUGCUAGAGACAUUGUACAUACAUUCAUACACCUAUGUAUGUACAAUGCUAACUAGCGCGCGAGCGCUCUCGCCGUUGCGGCAACGACAUUGUCAACUAUAGACGACAGAAACGGAAAAGCAUAGAGAAAAAAAAAAACGAACCGAACAGAAGUACCUCCCAUCUACGUAUAUAAAUACAUGUACGAAAUUGUAUGCACGUAUGUACAUUUAUGUACAUAUAUAUAUGUAUUGGACGAAGAAGAAGAAGAAGGAGGAGAAGAAGAAGCAAAAGAAGAAGAAGAAGAAGCAGAGUAUAUGACGAGUGAUGAAGUGCUAGACAAAAUAAAUAUGGACUAUUUUCGGUGAAUUCUCUCAAAUCGGCUUCUUUAUCGUGUUUUUUUUUUGUUGUGUUUCUCCUUUUUUAUUUUGAUAUAUUUUCCUUCUGUUUUGUGUAAUUCUGCUGACCUGAAAAGUGUGUGUGUUUGUUAUAAAAAAGUGUGCAGAAUUAAAUAUUAUGUGUGUGUGUACAGAAAAAGCGCAACUGAUUGGAAAUAUCAGAGUGGGGAAGUUUUAAAAACAACUUGUAAUUAAGUUUCAAAAUCGUUCGCUUCUGCGGUCUAAAUGAAACUGAGGUAACUAACUACCGGUUUAAAAGAUGAAAACGUAGCAAAGUGUUUGUGGGGUAUCGAAAUAACAAUAACUUCAAAACAGUCGGCGCAGCAUCGAUUUUUUCAAAAUACACGCGAUUGAAUUGGUUGGCCUAAAGGGCCGAAAAGUAUUUACCACUUAAUGUGUGAAAAAGCUUUCGCAUUAACCCUGGUAUAUAGAGUCCCCCUUAAGAAAAAAAAAAAAAAUGAAAAUGAAAUACCAAGUGUCCUUUCAAAAAGGUUUGGUCCAAAAGAUGAGCCACUUUAACUGCACACGAAUUAAAUAAUAAUAAUGGUCAUCACUGAUUUAUAUUUACAAGGAACUGAACAGUUAUUCAUCGGGGCAUUUACGCAAAAGAAAUGGACACAUCAAAUGCCAGCGCUAAAUCAAAGACGUCUGCGUCCGGCAGCAGUAGUAUUAAUGGCCUAGGAACACAAAUUAAGCAAAUAUCGCAGACGUCGUCGUCAUCAUCGCAGGACAUCGCAUCCGCCGGCAAUGUGGCUCCGCAGGAUGACCAAAAACCGCGGAGAGAUGACAGCAGCAACCCAACGUCAGCAACAGUCCUCUCGUCGGUAGUUGGUCCAAAUAUGACCAAGAGCACCACAAAUCCCGGACUGGCGGUACUGCAUCUUCCUCCGCCGACGGCCACCGCCUUAGUUCAAGUCCAAACAAGUGCCAAUAUCUCGGAAUUGGGCUCCAUGCCGCGAGCACGGCCAUCGUUUGUAUCGAAUACCUCAACGACGGAAGGCAAACCCAUGGCGAUACCCUCGGAAUCGGCCUCCGCAUCGGAGCCCAGCUGUCCCGUUGCCGUCUCGAUGGCUCCCAGUGCCUGUGACUUCGAUUCCGACACGGAACUCUCAAUCGUAGCAGCUGCCGCGGCUGUUUCCGCCUCGGCCGGCAUCGAUUCGAGGUCACCCACAUCCCCGCCACCAGCGGGCUCCACAAUAGCGCCCAGCCUGAGCUCCGGCCCCUGUUCGGUGGCAAGCAUGGCCGGCAAUCCAGCGGGAUUCGGUGCGGGAUCUGGAGCACCACUAGCUAGCAACACGAAUGGGCACAGUACGUCCAGCAGCACUCACCUAAGUCUAAAUGCCAAGCAGCAGCGCCAGCAGAAACGACGGAGGGAACGUGCCCAGCGUUUGCAAGCGGAACGCGACAGUCGAUGCAAUUCGAGCUCGCUGAGUGGCACCUUCAUUGCCGGAUCCUCUGUGGGGGUCAGUGGCGGUGCUGGUGCCAUGAGUGCGUCUGCCAAUGUAAAUGUAGGAGGUGGUGGUGGUGUUGGGGGUCAGGGCAACCUUGUUACACCCAGUGGUGUUGGCGUUGGAGGAUCCUCAUCAUCUACGGUGGCCAUGGGCAAUGGCUCGGCGGCUGGACCGGGCAACAAUGGCAUGAUAUAUCACAUCAACAGCGCUGGCAGCAUGGGCGAGGAUAGCAACAACUCAAACGGCAACUUCACCAGCAGCAGCAAUGGCAGCAACAAUCUGCUGCCGCCCACAGAUAGUAUUGCAUCGUUACUCCUAAAUCCACCACAUUCCCCUGAGUGCAACUCGGGACUAAUGGCCACGCCUAGUGAUAGCGAGGGCGAGUCGCUGGACGAGGAUCUCUUGUCGACAUCGUCCUCGUCUACGCUGCUUCUGCCACGGGACAAGCCGCCGCCUCGACCGCCACCUCCGGUUCGAAGAAAGCUACCAAGAUCUCCAGUUCUCGAAGAGGAAAUCAUCGAUGGAUUCGCCAUACUGGAGUUCAAGACGUACGAAGAUCUUGAGUUUGCCAUCAAAUUGGGACAAAAACGCAAGGAAAAACGACUCUCGGCACUGGAUGAGCUAACUUGUACCUACAGUAUAGAGGAAAUGAAGAUUCCAAAAGUCAUCGAUACUGGUCAAUCGCAGCCUUUGCGCGUCUCAAGCCUUUCCACUCUGACGGUUAACAAUAACAAUUUGAAGGAGAACCCACAGCCUCUUCAUCGUGGCAACAGUGUCAUCGGCAACAAUAAUAACAACAAUAAUCCCAGCAAUGGUCCCAAUGCGAACAGCAAUAGCAACAGCAUGGGCAAUGUCGUUUAUCUGCUGCCGUCUGUGAACAUCGGCUCUGUUUUGGAGACAGAAGCCGAGCCGAGGGACCACUGGCGAUCCGAGUAUGGCCAGCAGCAGGACCAAUUGCAAUCCGACAAUAGCGCAAACAGUAAAAACAAUAUCAUUAGUGAUGAUAAUCAAAUUAACAAUAGUAAUCACCAAAUAAAUCACACCAACCAAUCGAGCAACAAGCCAUCGGAGGGUGUCAGCUGCAAUCCGGCUAAAUUGCAAGUAAACAGCGCGACCAGUACACGAUUUUUGGAGAACGACAACGAUUCACUUAUGCUGGAUAUUAGCCUGCCAUCGCUGGGCGUUGGUGGCACCGUAUCGCAUAAUCACGACCAUAUCGACGUGGGCAUGAUUCAUGCCAGUUGUACUGGCAGCGACAGCAAAAAAUCUCACAACUCCCCCGCCACAAGUAACAGCAGCAGCAACAGCAACAGCACCAUUGACCAAUUACAUGCGACAAAAUCGCUACCCUCGUCGCACCAGCUCAAUAAUCUAAUAUCAAGUGAUCUUGCGGCAAGUGCAAGCGCAAACAAUAAUCACCUGGGUGUAUGCAAACUGGGAUCGCAAUCAGCACAGGUCGUAAAAAAAUCGAACGGGUUGGAGAACAUCGAAACCGUGACGACAUCUGCAGCCUGUCGUUCUCUGGAAGUCCAGGAACUAGCCAAUAUUUCGACGCAAUCCUUUGGGCCCACUAUCAGUAUAAAAAAGGAGAACGAGCAAAGUGAUCUUUUAACUGACGCUUUAAUCAAUUGUAGCAGCAACAGCAAAGGAAAUAAUAUCUGUGAUAAUGUCAGCAAUGAUAAAAAGAAUUCUGAACAAAUAUUUGAUAUUGAUAACCCCUCAACGCCCAUGAACGUUUCCAAUACAUCUGUGGUUCAGGAUCGAUCGACUCCUCGCAAGCUGACCGACAUUCCGCACUUCAAGAAAAAGAGUGUGGCGUGCGGAGGAGAUGUGAGCACAUUUUCGGGAGUACCUUUUGUACCGGCAUUGAGCACAGUGCCUUCGGGAAAUCCGGAAGGCGAUGCUGCCAGUAAAGCUUUAAACACAAAAAAUACAUCUGAGAGUGCACAUGGUAAAGCGAUUCAUGCUGCUGGUGCCCCUGUUGCCGCAAUUGCGGCGACGAAUCCAGAAACUGGGAACAGAGAGCUCGGCAUGUUGCAGAAAUCCUCAUCCGAUAAGGCGCUUUAUCCCGGCUUGUGUGUAGCGUCCUCGGUUUCGUCAGUGCAAUUUCCCAACGUUGGAAUAUCGGCUGGAAAUGAGAAAAUUGUGUCAACAGUUGCAUCCGAUGUUGAUCAGAAGCAUAUUUUUAAUACCAAGACAACUGUUUCAAACGGAUUGUCGACAGGAGUUGGGGUGCAACGGUCAAUUGUUCCAUUAUUAUCGGCUGCGCCAACGCCGGCCGCAGUUACUCUAAGCAGUCCGUUUGGCGCACACAUAACGACGCCAAAUGCCGGACUAUCGAUGUUGAGUUCGGCCUCCAGUGUCAUUCUAGCAAGCAGUAUCAAAUCAAACGACAACUUUACGCGAAGUAAUAGCAACAACAACAACAACAACAGCAGCAACAGCAACAGUGGAAGUUCAAAUGGUCAGGGAACGUUAUCAUCAUCGUCAUCGUCAGUUGGAUUGCCACCGAGCGCACCAGAAGUUGCGAAAAGUAGUUCAGUUUCAAACUCCUCACCGCCCAAUCCCAUAGUCAAUGGCUUCCUUAGUGUUUAUCCGCCGCCUGCCACGAUUGCGACCUCAUCGUCCGCAACAACGAGUACAUUGCCACGAGUUUCACCCAAUGCAAGCCAAAGCAAUAAAUUGCCUGCACCGGCUUCGUCCACGUCCAUUUCGAUAAACACAAACUACGUGGGAAUUUCUGGCGGCACAACGACGACUUCUUGCAUGGGCAAAGUGGUCUUUGGCGCUGGCGGGAACACCAUUGUCGGUACAGGAUCGCCACUGCUGUUUCCCGGUGCACCGCCUGCACCGAUCUCCCAUGUGGCCAGUGGCGUGCCAAUGAUCAUCCAGGCACCGCCGUACCGCGCACCCUAUACGAAUUAUCCCCUCUACACUCCGUACAGUGGCCUUUCGCAUGGUUCGUACCUGCCGCCAGUUUUGCCCGUUGCCACGUCCAACAUACCGCCUGCGCAACUCCGGAGCUCGGACAGUCGAAACAGCCGAGAGUCGCCGGCAACGAUAAAGUCCGCGUCCUCGAACAUUCCGUUGAGUGUUUCGAUGGCACCGACUCUGCGAUCCAUUACGCCGCUCAACAAUAGCAGUGCAAUUUCCAGCGGCGCAUCGCAGCCGGUCGUGACGGUCGUUCCAUCGGCAAAUACGACGGCCCCCCUUUCGAUGAGCAGCUCGCAGCAUAUCUCAUCUCAUUCCCAUCACGUGCCUGUCUACGCUUCAGGUGCAUUUUCGACGGCCUCGGCGGCCGGGACAAGUACCCCGAACUCCGGACUAUCGACGCUCGCAGUAACCUCGCUCUCAACAUCGGCAGCGCCGCAACCGCCGCAGCACUUCCCCCGCUCGUCGAGCCAGAUGCUGUCGCAGAGUGGCGGCAACUUCUCGUCGGUGUCGCAUUUGUUAACCACGCACUCGAUGCCAUCACAGAAUCCGCCUUUGGUGCGCUGCGGAAGUGCGCUGUACUCAUCAUCAUCUGCCGCUGCCGCUGCCGCCGCCGCCGCCUCCUCCUCCUCCAACUUCAGUCCCUCGGUGCUCGCCGUUCAAAGUUUAACGACAGCGGUCACGUCGAGCUCGUCGUCGUCGCCAUCUACAUUAUCUUCAUCUGUGAUCCAGAAGGUUAUUUCCCCCAAGGGAGAGCCCUGCAGCAAAGAUCGGGAUCCCAGCUACAGUACAAAUAUGAGGUCCCACGGUGCGUCAACAAUAUUGCCUGUCGUUUCCCAAGGCAUCGGCUUGGGUUCGUCGUUUUGUGGCAUCGCUCCAAGUCAAUAUGGAGGUACAGGUACCCCAGUAUUAUCCUCAAGUUCUUCAAUGACGGGACUCGGGAAUAUCCCCUCCUACUCUUCAAAGCCAGCACUGUGGUUGAACUCUCCUGCAAACGCAGUGGUAACGUCAUGCGCUUCCUCAACGCCCAUCGUUUCGAGUGGAAGUGCCCGACCGACGCCUCCGCUCUCGAACUGCACAACCAUGGGAAUUGGCAUGGUGAACGCAACUUCUACAGCGAGAUCCACCUGCAAUGCCAUAUCGCCUCUUUCCAAUCCCGCAACCGCUGGUAUUCACGUGUCUGCCACAAAUCCCUCGUUUCAGUCGUCGUCGUCUUACUUCCCAGCACCUUUAGCGCCGCCGCCAUCCUCCCCCUCGCCAGCAACAUCUUCUUCCGCGGCAAUCAUCAGCUCCUCCGCUCCGCAAUUUCCGCCAGUGUCGCACUCGAUGAGCAGUAUUGUAACGACGGCGUCGGCCACGACCACGACGGCUUCUUCCAUAACACAGCCCACGGUUGCGGCCAUAUCGAAUCCGGUUACGAACACGCCGCAUCCCUUCUCUGCGGAAUCGCUUUUCCAGCCAAGUAAAAAUGAUCAAGCUGAUUUGCUGCGACGCGAGCUGGACAGCAGGUUUCUGGACAGAUCUGGCUUAGCUGUAACCCCGACACCGCCAUCCUCAACAUAUUUACGAACUGAUCUCCAGCACCAACAGCACGCACAUCUCCAUCAGCAUCCGCAGUUGCUUCCGCCGGCGUCGGCGUCAGCUCCUUCGACUCCCUUAACAGCUGUGCCACCACCAACUUCUGGACAAAUAUUUCCCCCGCCACUGUUCAAAGAUAUCUCCAAAAUCUCGUCCGUCGAUCCGCAGUUCUAUCGCACUGGCAUGGGAUUGCCAACGGGAGGCUACACUGGAUACACCUCGGCUGGCCUUCUGCAUAGUGGCUUGGGCGGACCAACGCCGUUCAUGCCUCCCAACCACUUAACUUCCUUUGCUCCGAAGAAAACUGGUCGUUGGAAUGCCAUGCAUGUUCGUAUCGCGUGGGAAAUCUAUUACCACCAAAACAAGCAGAGUUCCGAAAAGACUGGAUUCCCACCGGCGUCAUCGAAUGCGCCAUCGAUCAACGCACCAAUUCCUCCAGGAAACCUGAUCAGUGGAGGCGGAGGCAUGGCGAGUGGAUCCAACACACCAGUUAAUAAUGUGGCCGCGAUUCCAGCAGUUGGCGGUGGUGUCUUAGUGUCAAAUGGGCCGGCAUCAGUACUUGGCAUUAAGACAACGCCAACAAUGGGUAUGAAUACGACGCCGCAGCAUAUUCUUCAUCGGGCGAGUGAAUUGCCGCCAUCGGCAGCAUUUGCAAGUGCUUUACCAGGUCGAUUAGCCUUCGAAACUUCUCCCCUGGCCGCGAGCUUCAUUGGAGCACCUCCUAGUCAUAUUGGAACCGCUGUUUCCCCAUUUGGACGCUAUGUGACGCCGUUUGGGUUCACGGGGCUAACACAUUUUGGUGGUCAUUUGGACUCGUGGAGAACGAAUGCCAUGCAGCGGAGUGUGGCCGCAUAUCACCCGUCCUCCGCUGCAGCGUCUCCCAAUUGGCCUGUUAAGACGGAUCCCGGGCUAGAUAAUGCGCGGCGCGAGGCCGAAGAGCGCGAGCGUGAGUUGCGAGAUCGCGAGCAGCGAGAGCGCGACCGCCAGCGGAGAGAGCGCGAAGAGCGUGAGCGCAAAGAGAAGGAGGAGAAACUGAAGAGAGAGCAACAAGAGCGGGAGCGAGAGCGCGAGCGUGAUCGCAAAGAGCGAGAGCGCGAGCGAAGAGAAAUUGAGCGGCGGGAAAUGGAGCGCGAGCGGAUGCUGCAGCAGCAGCGUAUAAAUGAGAGCAACAAGCAGGCAGCGGCGGCAGUUCAAGCCGCGGCUGCGGUGGCAGCGCCGGUACGUGAUCGCUCGCCGCACCGCAACGUGGGCGAGAUGAAUACGGAGAUCCGGAUCAAGGAGGAACAUCCGCGCACAAAGGAUGAACAGGAUGUGAUGCUGCUGCGUGCAUCAGCAGCGGCGGUCGGUGUGGGCGAUCCGCGCUACCAUUCGUCCUCGUUGGCGGCCGCCCAAGCGAGUGCAGCAGCAGCGGCGGCCCACCAUCAUCAUGCCAAUUUUAUGGCAGCUAGUCGACACGGAUUGCCGCCACCACCGUCGCACCUGACGCGCACCAUGAUGCCACCGACGUUGAGUGUCGGCGGGCCCAUCACGCAUUUCGGGGCCCCAGCUCCGCCGGGCUGGGGAAUCGAUCCGUACCGCGAUCCCUAUCCCAUGCUGCGCUACAAUCCCAUCAUGGAGGCGGCGCUGCGACACGAGGCCGAGGAACGGCAGAAGGCGAUCAACAUCUACGCCGCUCAGUCCGCAGCGCAUUUGCGUAGCAAGGAGCCAAGUCCUAUUCCGCCAUCGGUUGGCACUUUGGGCCCGCCACCGCCGCACCAUCGCUUGCAGAUCGUACCCGGCGGCGUUGUAUCCUCGUCGGGUGUUCAGCCACCGCCGACGAGUCAACAGCAGCCGCCACAGAUGUCAUCGGCGGGCAGUGCCAUGGGCAAGAACCCCGGCGGACCGCCGGCGCCAGUUAGCAUUCCAGUUCAGCAUAUGAUCAGUGUCGAUUCGAUGGGCCAACCAAGCGUGGCCCCUAAAAAGGAAUCCGACCACACGAUGGGCAUUGUGGCGAAUGCUGGCGUUGGUCUGAGUUCAGUACCUGGUGGUGUGAUUGGAAUUUCUCCGGUGUCGUCUGUGGCGCCAAGUCGAUGAUAAGAAAACCGAUCUGUGCUGCCGACUAUCCAAAUCCAAAUCCAAAUCCAAAAACCUAUUGUGUAAAAGCGAAUAAGACAAAGAAAUUUUCAAAAUUUCGAUCACCUCCACCAAAAUGGCAUCAAAAGCGCAAAGUCCCAUCCUAAUUACCUCCUCCCAGCAUCAUUUUGAGCCUGAGAGAACACCAAUAAAUGAAGCGCAACGCUUUUGUAAACUAGAAUUCUUUAAAACACACCCACACACACCUACACACCUAUGUACACACCUUAAUUUGUAAUAUGAGGAGUUGGAACAGAACAGAAACAGAUGAAAACGAAGGAGCAGAUGUUUGUGGCAAACAAAAAUCAAAUUAAAAGAGGUUAAGACUUCCUUAUACUUCAGACCUAGCAUUCAACCUAAGCACUGAGUCCCCAAAAUUGGCAAAAUACUUUCCUCGAUCUUAAUAUGGUCGCGCGUUGAAACGUCACAUAAGUAAUAUGAAACUUUACUUAUUUUAAAUAAAUACAAAUUCAUGCAUACAAAUAAAUUUAGGUUCGCAAAUUUAGUUUAAGUAUAUUUGUAUUAUUUGUAUAAUAUAAGCUUAAGAACAGCGACGAGACAUGUUGAGCAAGGACAUAAUUAUAAUUUGAUUGUACAUAUACAUAUAUACAAAGAACUCUCAUAGUUAUAUGACAUCAACAUGCAGCCUAUGGAAUCCAAACUAUCAUGCACAUGAUACAUAACUCUAUGUAUAUCAGUGACAGCUUCAUUCCCUUUGUGCAUUACGUGUUUAAGGACUAAUUAUCAUAUACGCAAUUUAUGUAAAAAUUGAUAAAACUAAAAAAUAGAAUCAUUACAAAGAAAACCAA